CAGGCUCUGGUACUACAAUGUUCACAACGAUGCCAAAACUUGUGUUGUUUGUGCUUGUACUAGGAAUGGCAGAUGCAUGGGAUAGUGAAGAACUGGAGCUGUUUGAUCUCGUAGAAGAAAUUCAGAAAAAUUUCUACGAUAUGCUGGGUCUUGAUUCAUCUGCUUCCCAAUCUGAUAUAAAAAGAGCAUACAGAAAAUUGUCAUUGCAGUUACAUCCAGAUAAAAAUAAAGAAGAAGAUGCUGAGGAGAAGUUCAGACAGCUUGUUGCCGUGUCAGAAGUACUCAAAGAUGAAACCCAACGAAAAAGGUAA